GGCGGUGGUGCCGCCCCCCGUGCGCGCGCCGCGCGGCCGCCAUGUUGUUGUGUCGGUGAGCGGCGGCGCAGGCAGCGCGGCGGCAGCGACCCGGGUCCCGGCAGAGGCCGCGCCCAGGCACGGCGGGUGGGGGCUCCCCGCCAUGCCCUGCCCCGCGUCCUGUUCUUUUGAUGGGAUCUGAGCCGAUGUUGCCCUUCUCCGUUGCCAAUGUGAAGCGUCAGAAGAGCGCUGUGUGAAACUGUCUGGGGCAGAGGGGACUGUUUUAGCUGUUUUAUCAUCUCUCUUUGAUAGAAUCAUGGAAUCAUUGAGGUUGGAAAAGCCCUGUCAGCUCAUCCAGUCCAACCGUCAGCCCAACCCCACCGUGCCGACUGAACCAUGUCCCCAAGUGCCACAGCCACACAUUUUGUGAAGCCCUCCAGGGAUGGAGACUCCACCACUGCCAUGGGCAGGAAUAUUUAUCCACACACAGACAUGUCCUCUGCAGGCUCUGCAAUUUUGAAUCAACUUGCAAGUUUUAUAUGCUGUUUCUCCCCUGCUCUGGGGAUAUCAAGGCAUUUUGUUUAUUGAUGUUGCUGUUUCACAGAGGCUUUGGGGAUAACAUAAUGCGUUCUUCUCACUGACUGUUCUUAGACAGUGGGAUGUUGUAGUUUCAGAACAUGUGCAUCUGCUGCUCCUUUUGCCUUUGUACGCAUUGCGUGUGAUAUGGAGGAUACAGUGAGCGCUUCCUGCAGUGGUGCUGUACUGGGGUGAUUUUAAUAACGAGUGAAAAAGAGCCUCCAAGUAUUGUGAGUGAAGGCGAGGGUUCCUCCUCCUCUCCAGGGCUUGUCAUGGAUGAAGAGACUCAGCACAGCCUUGAAUGCAUCCAAGCUAAUCAGAUUUUUCCCAGGAAGCAGCUGAUCCGAGAGGAUGAGAACCUCCAGGUCCCAUUCAUUGAGCUUCAUGGUGAGAGUACGGAGUAUGUAGGACGCGCAGAGGAUGCCAUCAUUGCACUUUCGAAUUACAGGCUUCACAUCAAGUUCAAGGAGUCUGUUGUGAAUGUUCCAUUGCAGCUUAUAGAAAGCGUUGAGUGCCGUGAUAUAUUUCAACUGCAUUUGACUUGCAAAGACUGCAAAGUUAUAAGGUGUCAGUUUCCGACUUUUGAGCAGUGUCAAGAUUGGCUGAAGCGGCUGAACAAUGCCAUCCGCCCUCCUUCCAAGAUAGAAGACCUCUUCUCGUUUGCCUACCACGCCUGGUGUAUGGAGGUGUAUGCUAGCGAGAAGGAGCAGCACGGCGACUUGUGUCGGCCAGGAGAACACGUAACCUCAAGGUUUAAAAACGAAGUGGAGCGGAUGGGGUUUGAUAUGAACAAUGCCUGGAGGAUUUCCAACAUCAAUGAGAAGUAUAAGCUCUGUGGUAGUUACCCCCAGGAAAUCAUAGUUCCUGCCUGGAUCACGGAUAAGGAGCUAGAGAGUGUGGCGAGCUUUCGGUCCUGGAAGCGCAUCCCUGCUGUGGUGUACAGGCACCAGAGCAAUGGGGCCGUCAUUUCCCGCUGUGGGCAGCCCGAGGUCAGUUGGUGGGGCUGGAGGAAUGCAGAUGAUGAACACCUGGUCCAGUCUGUAGCCAAAGCCUGUGCCUCAGAUUCCAGGUCUAACAGCAACAAAUUAGUAAAUGGGAAUUGUUCCAGAGAUUUCUCCAAUGGAGGGGACCUCUCUGAUGUGGAGUUCGAUUCCUCGAUCUCCAAUGCUUCAGGAGCAGAGAGUUUGGCAAUACAGCCUCAGAAGCUUUUGAUCUUGGAUGCACGAUCUUACGCAGCGGCUGUGGCGAACAGAGCUAAAGGUGGAGGCUGUGAGUGCCCUGAAUAUUAUCCAAACUGUGAAGUGGUGUUCAUGGGAAUGGCAAACAUCCAUUCCAUCCGGAAAAGCUUUCAGUCGCUGCGAUUGCUCUGCACGCAAAUGCCAGACCCAGGAAAUUGGUUAUCAGCUCUGGAAAGUACCAAGUGGCUGCAGCACUUGUCUGUGCUUCUGAAAUCCGCGCUACUCGUGGUCCAUGCCGUGGACCGAGACCAGCGACCCGUCUUGGUGCACUGCUCAGAUGGCUGGGACCGAACUCCCCAGAUCGUGGCACUGGCCAAACUGCUGCUCGAUCCGUACUACAGGACCACGGAGGGUUUCCAGGUGCUAGUGGAGACGGAGUGGCUGGAUUUUGGCCACAAGUUUGCAGAUCGCUGUGGCCAUGGUGAGAAUUCGGAUGACCUAAAUGAGCGCUGCCCAGUGUUUUUACAGUGGCUGGACUGCGUCCAUCAGCUCCAGAGGCAGUUCCCUUGCUCUUUCGAGUUUAACGAAGCAUUCCUUGUGAAAUUGGUGCAGCACACCUACUCCUGCCUCUUUGGUACAUUCCUGUGCAACAAUGCGAAAGAGAGAGGAGAGAAACACACUCAGGAACGGACCUGUUCUGUCUGGUCUUUGCUGCGGGCAGCAAACAAAGCCUUCAAAAACCUGCUCUACUCCUCCCAGUCUGAAUCUGUGCUGUAUCCAGUGUGCCAUGUCCGUAAUUUAAUGCUCUGGAGUGCUGUUUACCUGCCCUGCUCCUCCCCCUCGACACCCACCGAUGACACCUGCGCCCCGUACCCCGUUCCAGGCUCUAGCCCUGAAGAUCAGCCUCUGGGCAGGUUACCAAAGACGAGAUCCUUUGACAAUCUGACAACAGCCUGUGAUAGCAGUGUGCCUACAACCAAUCGACGUAGUAGUGACCCGAGCCUCAACGAAAAGUGGCAAGAGCACCGUCGGUCUCUGGAGCUGAGCAGCCUUGGCAAUCCCGCGGACGAUCCCUUUGAAGGAGAUGGCCUGAGUAAGCAAGGCAGGGCUCUGGUUGGAGCAGAGCUUUCUGUUGCUGCCGGUGUGGCAGAGGGACAGAUGGAGAACAUUUUGCAAGAGGCCACUAAAGAUGAUGUCGGUCUGGAGGAGCACUUAAGAGGUAGCCUAGAGACAGCAGGAAAAGGGGAUGAGAUUGCCCUGGAUAAGGAGAAGAGAGCGGAACACCUGCAUGGGUAUGUGAGUGACCUCUGUGAAAAGGCUGAGGCAGAUAAAGGUGUUGGAAUGAACAAUCCAGCAUCCAAUCCACACCCAGCUUCACAAGGUGCUUCUGAGCUGAAAGGGCAAUCGGAUGAGUGUUCUGAGCUCAGUAAUGCUGUCCAGAUGUUACCUCAGGGGAAAGGACUGCUGGCUGCUCCUUUGGAGGGCUUUGGGAAUAGAGACACUCAAAGGAGUGUGGAGGAAGAAGGUGUUGGCAAACUUGAAGGAGAAGCCGAGAGCCUGUACACAGCGCAGGCCAGCCUUCCCUUACCUCUUUCAGUCCCGCAUGAGGCAAGAACAUCCAACAUUGAAAGCUCUACGGAAACCUUAACAGAGAGCGAAGGAAAGCAGGAGCUCCUUCUGAAGGGUCUUUGCCACAGACCUCACCUGAGUGACAACAGCGCUGACGAACUCUCUCAAACUAUGGAAAAUAGGCCAGAGGGGGAGAGCUUGCUAGAGCUUCAAAAACCGGGAACAAGAGUGCAUAGGACUUCUGGCAGCAGCCACACACACAUCCCGAUGCCUUCCCCUUGUGCCUUGCCUUUAGCUGAAUGUAAAGAUGAGAUUGUGUGUAAUGGGGAGCUGGAGCCUGAGAACAAGAUGAUGGAGAAGCCUACGGGGUUUAGCGUCACCCAGAAAUACCACGUGACAAAUGGGCACUGCGUGAAUGGAGAGGACAGCCGGAUCAAGGCCUCUCUGAACAGGCAGGUCUCCACAGCCAGCUGUAGUUCCUCACAGUUUCACCUGCGGAACUUACCCCAGAAGUGGAUGUUCGGUCACCUUGGGAAGCAGCAGACAGCCAGCAGCCCGGACCAGCCUGCCCGGAGCCACCUGGACGAUGAUGGGAUGCCCGUCUACACUGAUGUUAUCCAGCAGCGCCUGCGCCAGAUAGAAACGGGCCAUCAGCAAGAAGUGGAGACCUUGAAGAAGCAAGUGCAAGAGCUGAAGAGCCGGUUGGAGAGCCAGUUCCUGAACAGCUCCUUACGGCUCAACGGUGAUUAUGGAGACGAAGUGACUUCUAUACCCGACUCGGAAAGCAAUCUGGAUCAGAACUGCUUGUCUCGCUGCAGCACAGAGAUUUUCUCUGAAGCCAGCUGGGAACAGGUGGACAAACAGGACACAGAGGUGACACGAUGGCUUCCCGACCACCUGGCCGCACACUGCUAUGGCUGCGACAGCGCCUUCUGGCUCGCCAGCAGGAAGCACCACUGCAGGGACACUGAAGGUGUUGAUCAGAUCUGGAAUUGCGGCAAUGUGUUCUGCUCCAGCUGCUGUAACCAGAAGGUGCCCGUUCCUAGUCAGCAGCUCUUUGAACCCAGCAGAGUCUGCAAAUCCUGCUACAGCAGCUUGCACCCCAGCAGCUCCAGCCUGGAUCUCGAACUGGAUAAACCCAUCACUGCCACGUCAAACUGAAGGCCUGGCCUCAGAGCAGCCGGGGAGCAGCUGUGCCGACUCUUCCCAACAGAUUCUCGGUGGGAAGGCUGGGAGGAUGCGGGAGCCGUGCACUUUGGAGGUUGGGGCGUGGAACACCGCUCGGCGGGACAGACCUGGAGGAUGGACUGCUGGAUUGUGGGAGUCUCCUUUUCCAGCUCUUCCCCCUUUCCUUUCUGUCCUCUCUGUGUGUAUGUGUCUACGCGCGUGCGUGUGUGUAUAUAUAAUAAUAUAUAGAUGUUUGUUUGCUGGAAGAUUGUGGAAGUGGGGAGGGAGCUGGCGCCAGACCCGGAUUCCCUUUGGUAUUUAACUGUCCCACUGCUGAACUGUUGCAGACAGACAAAUUUGAGGAGGAAAGGAGCGGGGAAUUGGUCCGGCUGGUGUGCAGUGUGGAUCCCCGUAGCUCACUGCUAGUGCUUUCAAUCACUCCUCUUACUUCCAAACAGGAAGCUGCUGUUUGGGAACCUGUUGCUGCUAGAAGAAAUGGGAAUCUCUUUCCCAAGAGAGCACUCUCCCUCUCUGUUCUUAGAGUGGGCUUAGUUCUCCUUGCCGCACGCAGGAGGAAUCGGUCACGGGUUUCCUUACUCGGCGGCUCUGUACUUGCACACACAAUCGAGGGGUUCCGUGCGCUGGGGUGGGAACACCCAGAUGGCGCUGGCUGAGGAAAGCACCUGCUGGUCUGCGAGAGGAGAGAAGGAGACUGAGCCGGUGGCCGCGCUGGGGCUGGUUUUACACUGGUGCCUCUGCAGCUCUCUAAAUGCAAUCCAUGAUUUAAAUCCAAGGAGGAGGGUGGAAGGGCCUUUGCCUGCUUUCCUGGCCCGGCUGCAGGGUGGGUCACGCCAUGGGAAGCUGCUCCUGGAGUAGUGCGCUCCUUGUGGCUCCACUGCGCUUGGCCCAUGAGGAGCGCGUUGCUGUGUGUGGUACCCCUGGGAUGAGGUCUCCUUUCCCAGUCUGUAUCCACUGCUCCAGAUAGGAAACACCCACCUGAGAGUUCUAUAAAGCCCUGAAAUACAUCAUGGAUCCCCCUCUUCCUUCUGUCCCAACCCAAGUUGCUUUUAGAGUCACCUCAUUGAAGUGUGGAUCUCCUGAACAGAUGGAUUUAAAUGAGCGUUAGGUACCAUCCCCGCCUUCCUGACAGCCUGCUUAGCGCCGUGGGGCAAGGAAGGAACUUGGAUCCUGCUUCCCUGUGUAUUGCCUGGCAGUGUUCCUGUGUUUGGAACAGAAUUCCUGCUGGAGUAUCCGAGCGUUAGAUAUGAAAGCUCAACAUCUAAGAAACCUUGGGAAAGGCGUGCUUCCCUUCCCUGAAAUGUCAGGAUUGUGUAACCCAAAGCGAGUGUCCCACAGGGAAGGCCAUCUUGGAGUGUUUUUCAGGUUUGAAGGGGAAAACAAGCGUCGAGCUGUUUUAUUUCUGACUCGGAACCUCCUGCACCCUUUGCCAGGAUCGUUCCAGUGCAGCCACACUGAAGGUUCACAGGGAAACACGUGUCCAGGAGGCUGCUCCAGCGCAGCAGCCCGUGUCCUUAGGGGAAAGGGGGACGGCAGCGGAGCAGCACAGGAUCCCCGGGGGUCUGGAGCGGCUUCCAGGCCAUCGGGAGGGAAGGGCGAAGACAGUGGUGGGUUCCCAGUACCUAAAGUACCUGUUCCUAAACCAGUGGGGCAAGUGGGACAGACCUCUUCCCUGUAAAGCAGAGACAGCUGGAGCAGAGGGAUAACGUGCAGCCCCCGGCUCUGGCCUCUCCGGAGGGGACGGUGAGGGUUCCGGCACGCAGGAAGGGGCUGGCUCUACCCGCUGCAGCCACAGGUGCAGCGCAGUGGGCGAUGCCGCAGCUCCUGCCGGGUGCCGAGAGGCUGCGCUACGGGUGGGGGUCUGUGCUGUACAGUGUGAAUAAACGCCUGCAGCUCUUAGUCCUUUUUUGAUGGAUGAAGCACUUUUUUAUUACUGUUAUUUCUUUGUACGUGAGGGAGGCGCGGCCACGUGCCGCCGCAGAGCCCCCCGCUCUCCAAAGAGACGCAACUGCUCCUCUAUUUUUCAUUUUUG